AUGGAAGACGCAACUAUUCAACCAACGCGAACCGACAGAAAUAUUGACAAAGCAAAUUAUGGCGAACUUUUUAAAAACGCUAAACCCAUGACUAUGAGUGAAGUCUACGAAUGUUGUAAAAAUAAGAACGAGACUUACUCGAAAGAAACAGCUCUCUACUGCGAACGGAUUGGAGUGAAUACAGACGACAAGGAAAUCAAAGACAAAUUGGCGAACGGGUAUGACCUCUCCGCUCUUGAAAUUGUCUCUUUAUGUAACUUCAGACCAAAAGAUAUCACACAAGCUAAACACUUGAUCCCAACACUAGACACAUUCCCAGAACAUGACUUGAGAGAAGUGAUUAAUUCCUUCUCGGAAAAAGCCGGUGAUAUGGACGGUGACGACUUUAAUUGA